CUGUUAUGAUAUAACUUUGAAGUUUUAUAGACGGACAUUUAAAAUCUUUCAAAAUAAAUAUUUAAUGGAAUUGGAAAUGCUCCAGUUUAAUUUACUGCGCAUGUGUGAAUGUUGACAGUCUUUCAAUGUAGGUCUUGCCAUCCUGUUGCACUGAUUCCGAGCGAGGCCCUUAUGGCUUUAUGAUUUUGUCAACAGAUGACCAUGGAGAAUGUAGGGAUAAUGAUUUUUACAUUACUAGUGCUUGUUUUUCCCGUGAUUACAGGACAGAGCAUUUCGGUACGAUUCAGUGGUACCGGGGCGACAGCUAAUCAGGGUAGAGUAGAGGUGCUCUAUAACGGUACAUGGGGGACGGUGUGUGAUGACCAAUUUGACACGGCGGAUGCUGGGGUGGUGUGUAGGAUGCAGGGAUUCAAUGAGGGAGGAACGGCCAUUACGAAUGGAACAUUUGGCGCGGGAACGGGCCGGAUAUGGAUGGAUGACGUGAACUGUGACGGCACAGAACAGUCGAUCGACCAAUGUCAGUUUUCAGGUUGGGGUAACACCAACUGUGGUCACAAUGAGGAUGUGGGGGUCCACUGCCGUACAUCAGGUGUGACUGCGGCCCCAACAGGGACACCGACUACCCGCGCUCCAGCUACCAUCCAACCCAACAACUGUACAGCAACUACUGCUCCAACUGCCCCCCAAAACUGGGACGUACGAAUUGUGGGCCCCACAGACCAGCGAGGACUCGGGUUCGUGGAGGUUUACCUUAACAAUCAAUGGAACGCCAUCUGCGAUGACCGCUGGGGCAGAGCCGACGCCCAGGUGAUCUGUAGAAUGCUCUGUUUUGAUCCGGUGGAUGCUCGAGCUGGUUCUCCGAUUGAAAUUAAUUAUGUCCGUCAAAACGUUAGUUCCACAUACGCUCUGGAUGACGUAGAAUGCCAAGGUAACGAAAACAGUAUCCGAGAUUGUACCUCUACAACAGGGGCAGCCAUUGAUUGUCGUGGGCAAGAUGAGUAUGCCAGUGUAGCCUGUACAAUAUUGGACAAUUCACCGCCAAUUCCACCGAUACCAACCUUAGAAUGUGCCAAUGGGCAGAUCAAGGCUUUGUUCAGUCGUCAGAAUGACAAGAACUUAGAAGAGAAGUUUCUAACAAUUUUCAACCAAACCACUGGUGUCUGUAAUCUCGUCAAAUCAACGGAUGCUAAUUUUGUUUCAAUUAGUAUACCAUUCGACGAAUGUGGAACCCGCGUUACGACAAACGAAACUCACAUUAUUUACACCAAUGUGAUUCGAUAUGACUACACAUCAACUGAAGGAAAUGUUUAUAGAGUGAAUACGUACCGAGUAGAAGUCUCGUGCGAGUUCCCACGAGAUUUGGAUACAGAUCAAGGAAUGCUUCCUCAAACAGAAAGUGUAACACAGAAAGCUCCAGGAACUUUCAACAUAAGAAUGGAUUUUUUUAAAAACAACUCAUUUAACAACCCUGUAUCAGACUUUCCAUUGAAUCUGACUCUAGGAGAGUGGCUUAAUGUUGCUCUCACUUUAGAGAAUGUGGACUCCAACCUUAAGCUAGUAGUUCCAGAUUGUGUGGCAACACCAACUACUUCUGAAACAGACCCCACGAAUUACCCACUAUUUGAGAACAAGUGUCAAUAUGAUCCAACUCUUGGGUUCUUUCCAUUAAAUUCGACCUCCUUUGGAUAUCGCUACCAAACAUUUAAGUUUGUCAAUUUCGAUGAGGUGUUUUUACAUUGUAAGGCGUUUGUGUGUUUGUUGACGGAAAAAGACGCCGAGUGUGACAGAAGUUGUAACUCAACAGCUGCAGCUACAACUGCUGCUCCAUCGGGGCGCAGACGACGAGAAGCCAUAUCGAGGCCAACUUACACGCGGCAUAUUUACCACAUCUACAGUCCUGCCAUGAGUUUUUAUAGGAAAGAUUAUGACAAUUCGAUAAUCAGACAAUGGAAUGUUACAGCCAGUCCGACAACAACACCUGUAACGACGAGUAGCUUGAAGCCUACGUCAUCAAAAGCUCAACCAACAACACAAACAGCACACAAGACAACAAAUCCAACAUCAACAAAGUUAGCAGCAAGUACCACAACAACACAAGUACGGACAACGAAAGCAGCAAAGGCAACAACGACAACAGCAGCACCAAAAUCAAUACAGAAAACAACAUCAAAAUCAACUCAAAAACCAACAAGUACACAGAAACCGACAAGCACACAAAAACCAAUAACUACAAUGAAACCCAAAUCAAAUUAUGCAACCUCAGUAAAAAUUGAGAGAGUGACAGUUGCACCAACAACACGGAAAGCAAAACCUAUUGUGAAUAAAAACAAGUUCUCUGAUUAUCCAGUAUCAUCGGGUUUAGCGGGUAAUAGCAAUAAACUUUCUAGCUCUUGCCAGAAACGUUUUGACUUUCUUGAUUUUGUUUGCUAUCAAUUGAUUUUACUAAGCUCAUUAUUACUUUUGGUUGUUUCUGUACGAUUCAGUGGCAAUGGAGCAACAGCUUAUCAGGGAAGGGUGGAGGUGCUAUACAAUGGUACCUGGGGGACGGUGUGUGAUGACCAAUUUGGUACGGAAGACGCAGGGGUUGUUUGUAGGAUGCAGGGGUUCAAUGAAGGAGGAAUAGCCUUAACGAAUGGAACUUUUGGGGCAGGUGUUGGUCAGAUAUGGAUGGAUGACCUGAAUUGUGACGGCACAGAGCAGUCGAUUGACCAGUGUCAAUUUUCAGGUUGGGGUAAAACCAACUGUGGUCACAACGAGGAUGUUGGAGUCUUUUGUCGUACCUCGAGUUCGACAACAGCGCCAUCGGUAAUAACAACGACACGUUCUCCGCCCAACAUCCAAUCCAACAACUGCACAACCACCCAAGCUACCCCGCAACAAUGGGACGUGCGUAUUAUAGGUCCUGCUAACCAAAGAGGUCUGGGCUUUGUCGAGAUAUACUACAAUAAUCAAUGGAACGCAGUCUGUGAUGAUUUGUGGGGUACUGCUGACGCUCAGGUGGUUUGUAGGAUGCUGUGUUUUGAUCCCGUUGACGCUCGAGCUGGUUCUCCCAUUGAUAUUGACUAUGUUCGCUCAAACGUCAGUUCCACGUACGCUCUGGAUGACGUAGAAUGCCAAGGUAACGAAAACAGUAUCGGGGACUGCAGGUCUACUACAGGUGCUCAGAUCAACUGUCACGGACCUGACGAAUAUGCCAGUGUGGCCUGUGUUAUACUGGACAACUCACCACCGACUCCUCCGAUGCCUAUCCUUGAAUGUUCCAACGGCAGAAUCAGGGCUUCAUUUAGUCGUCAGAGUGACAGAUAUUUAGAAGAGAAGUUUUUGAGUAUUUUUAAUCAAACUACUGGUGUCUGUAACGUUGUCAAGUCAACAGAUACCAAUUAUGUGUCCAUCAGUAUACCAUUUGACGAGUGCGGAACCGAUAUCAUGACAAACGAUUCCCACAUCAUAUAUACCACGGUUCUUCUUUAUGAUUACACAUCAACCGAAGGAAAUGUUCAUAGGGUGAACACAUAUCGAGUAGAAGUCUCCUGUGAGUUCCCAAGAGAAUUAUAUGCAAAUCGGGGAUUGUUACCGCAGUCAGAAAAUGUAACACAAAAGGCCCCUGGAACAUUCAACAUCAGAAUGGAGUUUUUCAGAAACAACUCAUUUAACAACCCUGUUACAAAUUAUCCAUUGAUCUUGACCCUGGGAGAGUGGCUAAAUGUAGCACUGACGCUGGAAACCACAGAUUCCAAUCUUAAACUGAUAGUUCCUGAUUGUGUGGCCACACCUUCUACUUCUAAGACGGACCCCACUACAUAUCCAUUGUUUGAAACCAAAUGUCAACAUGACCCAACACUUGGAUUUUUCCCCUUAAACUCCACCUCCUUUGGAUUUCGUUAUCAGACCUUUAAAUUCGUCAACUUUGACCUAGUGUACCUGCACUGUAAAGCUUUCGUGUGUUUGCUGUCAGAGAAAACAGCUGAAUGUGACAGGAGCUGCAACUCAACACUAGCAGGACGAAGAAGACGAGAAAUAAUUACUAGCAGGACAAAUGCAGUGUAUUCAAAACAUAUUUACUAUGUUGACAGUCCGGCUAUUCAUUUUUAUAAGGAAGGUACUGAUAAUUCAGUAGUCAGGAACUGGAAUGUAUCUACAGGUCAUACAAUAACCCCUUUGACGACCAGAAAUUUAAAGCCUUUUUUAACAACAUCACAUCCAACAACACUAUUGACAAUGUCACGGAAGACAAUGCUUCCUACAACAACAAAACCAACAACAAAAUCAAUACAGGAAUCAUCACCAACGACGGCAAAAACAGAGAAAUUAGAAACACAGAAACCAAUAACAGCAUCAUCUCAGAAACUAACAACAGCUUCAACUCAGAAACCAACAACAGCAUCAACACAGAAACCAACAACAGCAUCCACAACAACUACCACUCAAAUGCCAAAGUCAGAUUAUUCAACAUCUGUGAAAAUUGAGAAAGUGACGAAUAUUCCCACAACACGGAGAUUGAAGCCUGUUGUAAACAAAUUCGCUGAUUAUCCAAAGUCCUCAGGAUUAUCAAGAACUGGCAAUGACGUUCAUAGUACCUGCCAAAAGACUUAUGAUUUUCUAAAUUUUAUUUUAUAU